AUGGAUUUUAUUGUCUGCACAGCCUGUGGCUCUGUUCUGGAGGACAAUAUCAUCGUGUCUGAGGUCCAGUUUGUGGAAACCAGUGGAGGGGUGUCUUCAGCUGUCGGCCAGUUCGUGUCAGCUGAUGGUACUUCAAAAGCUCCGGUUUUGGGCAGUGGGUUCCACACAAGUCUGGGAAAAGAAUCGCGAGCUCAGACGCUCCAGAACGGGAAACGACAGAUACACAACCUCGGCAGCCAGCUGCAGCUGAACCAGCACUGCCUAGACACGGCCUUUAAUUUCUUCAAGAUGGUGGUGAGCAAGUACUUGACACGAGGGUGAAAGAUGACACACGUCAUAGCCGUCUGCCUCUACCUGGUCUGCAGGACAGAGGGAACGCCACACAUGUUCCUGGACCUCAGUGAUCUUUUACAGGUUAAUGUUUACAUUCUGGGAAAGACCUUCCUCCUGUUGGCUAGAGAGCUCUGUAUCAACACUCCGGCCGUCGAUCCAUGUCUGUACAUUCCACGAUUCGCCCACAUGUUGGAGUUUGGUGAAAAGACUCAUGAGGUCUCGAUGACUGCUCUCAGACUGCUGCAGAAGAUGUAAAGGGACUGGAUGCACACGGGACGGCGACCAUCGGGCUUGUGUGGUGCAGCUCUGCUCGUAGCAGCUCGUAUGCAUGAAUUCCGUCGUACAGUGAAGGAGGUGAUAUCUGUUGUCAAGGUGUGCGAGGCCACGCUGAGAAAAAGACUAACAGAGUUUGAGGAUACCCCCACCAGUGCCCUGACUAUCGAUGAGUUCAUGCGAGUGGACCUUGUGAAAGAAUGUGAUCCUCCAUCUUUUGUUUUAGGACAGAAAAAACUCAAUGUGCAGCAGCUGGAGGAGGAGUUGGCCAAGAAACUUGAGGAAUAUCAAGGUGAGAUCAACUCAUACCGUGAUGAGAUUGAGACACAGCUGGCAGUGAGCAGCAGAACCAAACUGAGAGGGAUUUAUGCCUCCUACGCAAGAGAAGAUGAUGACUGUGCGUCUUUGGCCUCUGGGAUGACUGGAGACGAAGACCCAGAGGAUGAGGAAAUGGAGGCAGCAGCUCAACAUCUUAACCAGGAGUUCAUGAAUCAGAUGCUUGAUCAGGGAGACCAGGGAGGAAUGGAGGAUCAGGAGGGGAGUAGGGAUACAGUACCGCUCUCCAGUCAGGCCACACAUGUGCCUCUGACAGCGCUCCUCGGCCCAUUGCCCAGUACAACCAGUCUUGAUCUAACAGACUCCAUUCGGGAAUGCAUCACAGAAGAGGACACAACAAACCCGUAAGAUAAAUCAGAUAAUGGGGAACUGGAUCUAGAUGGGAUUGAUGAAGAGGAAACUGAAAAGUACAUUUUGAAUGAGAUAGAGGUGGAGGCCAAGACAGAGCUGUGAGUGAAACAGAACGAGGAAUAUUUGAGGGAACAGAAAGAAAAAGAGGAGAGAAUAGCUAAAGAAAAGGAACAAGGGACCUAUAAAGAGAAGCCAAAGAAGCUGUCCAAGAAGCGAGAGCCGAUCCUAGCCAGCACGGCGGGAGAGACCAUAGAGAAGAUGCUGGAGCAGAAAAAGAUCUCCAGUAAGAUCAAUUAUGAUGUUUUGCGGGACCUCAACAGCAAGGGCAGCGGGAGCAACAUCACCCAGCAAGCCGAGGAUGUGCCUGCCGGGCUGAUCCGCCGCAAGAAGCAGCCAAACAAGAGCAAUCUUGGCCUCGCAAAACCUGCAAGCCUCAUGGGCAAGAGACUCCGUCCCUUAAUAUUGUCCGCACCCAAGAAGAAGAGAACAGCAUCCACAGUCACUCCUAGCAUUACCAUGAUGUUGCCUCCUGCAACCCCAGAGCCCCCUCCGGCCCCCACCCCUCCCCCAGUGUUGAAAAUUGGCCCUGUGGCAUAUGAGGAACCCGCUGAGGAGGAAGAGAAUGAGGAAGAGGCAGAGGAGUCUUGCAUUAGCACCAUGGAGCUGAUAGGUGGAAAUGACUACAGAUGUGAAGCUGAAGAAGAGGAGGUAUUUUAGAGUGCAACCUAUCAUCUGAUCCCUGAACUUCUUCUCAUCCUUCAAUCCACUUCUAUUACUCCCUAUGACAAGGAGAGGGGAAUUUAAGGCACAUUUAAAAUACAUAUAAUAUGCUGCAUGUUUACAAAAGGUCAUUCUCCCUCACAAUGACUAUAUGAGUUAAACUGCAGCAUCUGGGUGACGAAUGAGCUACAAUGGGAGAAGGUGGCUCACAGCUUUAGAAUGAAGAACUUUAAACCAUUUUAGCACUUUGCUGGUGUUACACUAAAAGUUUAAGAGACAGGAAUCUCUAAAGUAGUUUCCUGAGUAUCUCAGAGAUAGCAAACAAUAUCAAAUGCAUUGUGGGACAAUAUAAUAACAGUUUGUUGUACAUGUACCUUUGCUGUAAAACAUUA